ACGUACACACACUCGUCCCUUCCCUUCCCCUGCCUCCAUCUGCAAUCUUCCCUCCUCCUCCUCCCUUCGACGCUCUCCCCUUGCUUCUCGCGCACACUAACCAAUCCGAGCACCCGACGCCGCGGCCCCCGAUCGAAUCCACCGGAGCCGCCCGCCUGGGGCCCGCCCGCGCCAUUGCUCGAAUCGGGAGGCGUUCGUCCGCCCGCGCUGCUGCCCCGCACUCCCGCGCCGUGGCGGUGGCGUUGGCGGUAUGUAUGAUCGCUAGAGGGAGAGGAGGAGGAGGCGGCGGCAGCAGCGGUGGGGAUUAGGGCGGCGGUAGUGCUGGUGCCGGGAGGAGGAGGAGGAGGAGGCGUAGCCCAUGAAGGCGACGGCGCCGCCGGCAAAGCGGCGGAGGGGCCCGCGGCUGGCGGUGCUGGCGCUCGUGUUCUGUUCGCUGCUCGUGCCGAUCGCCUUCCUCUUCAACCGCUUCCCCGCCGUGUAUGUGACGGAUGAGCGCCCUCAGCAGGAGAUCGACUUGCCUUCUUCUCGCAAAGCGUUUGAAAGUGGUGGCUCUGUAAAUGAAGAUGUGUCCAAGAAGACUCCCGGGAGCAGUAGUGUGUCGCACCGUAAUAUUGAUAGUGACCCUUCCAUAGAUAGCUCUAAGCCAAAAGCUAUAGUUCUCCCGCCUCCAAAAAUUGAACAAGUAGUCCUCCCCCCUCCAAAAGUUGAACCCAAACCAGAAGUGAAGCCAGUACCAGUUCCAGUUCAUCAAAACCCAAAAAUUAACCCUGAGAAGAUUAAAAGGCCUCCCAGAGUUCAAAGUGCUGAUGAGGUGGAAAAGGCUAAGGCUUGUCAACUUGAGUUUGGGAGUUACUGUCUCUGGUCCAUAGAGCACAAAGAAGUUAUGAUAGAUACCAUUGUGAAAAGGCUGAAAGAUCAGCUAUUUGUAGCCCGAUCUUACUACCCAAGCAUUGCGAAGCUUAAAGGAAAGGAGACAUUGACUCGUGAACUGAAGCAAAAUAUUCAAGAGCAUGAGAGGGUUCUUAGUGAAUCCAUCGUGGAUGCUGAUCUACCAUCCUUUAUAAAAAUGAAGAUAGAGAGGAUGGACCAAUCAAUAGCAAGAGCCAAAUCAUGCACUGUGGAUUGUAACAAUGUUGACAGAAAGCUUCGUCAAAUUCUUCAUAUGACAGAGGAUGAAGCUCAUUUUCAUAUGAAGCAGAGUGCAUACCUAUACAACCUUGGUGUUCACACCAUGCCUAAAAGUCAUCAUUGUCUUAAUAUGAGGUUGACAGUAGAGUACUUUAAAUCCAUGCCAUUGGAUCCAAAUGACUCUUCUGCCCAUAAGUUUAACAUUCCAGACAAUAGGCACUAUGUUAUAUUGUCAAAAAAUGUCCUUGCUGCUUCUGUUGUCAUCAACUCAACUGUUAGUAGCUCUGAGGAUACUGAAAAUGUAGUCUUUCAUGUACUAACUGAUGCUCAAAAUUUUUAUGCCAUGAAGCACUGGUUUGCAAGAAACUCCUACAGGGAAUCAGCUGUCAAUGUCAUAAAUUAUGAACAAAUUAUUUUCGAGAAUUUUCCUGAGUUUGGAACCCAACAGUUAUAUUUGCCUGAGGAAUUUCGUGUUUUCAUCAGUAGCCUGGAGCGGCCUACUGAGAAGAGUAGAAUGGAGUAUUUAUCAGUGUUCAGUCACUCACAUUUCUUUCUUGCUGAAAUAUUCAAAGAUUUAAAGAAGGUAAUUGUGUUGGAUGAUGAUGUGGUUGUUCAACGUGAUAUUUCUUUCUUGUGGAAUCUUGAUAUGGGAGAUAAGGUCAAUGGUGCUGUCAGAUUUUGUGGUUUGAAACUUGGCCAACUGAAGAACCUUCUGGGUAGGACAAUGUACGAUCAACAGUCAUGUGCAUGGAUGUCUGGGGUUAAUGUGAUUGAUUUGGACAAAUGGAGAGAUCAUAAUGUUACAGAGAAUUACCUGCAACUCCUGAGAAAGUUUGGGAACAAUGAUGACGAGGCCUCUUUGCGAGCUUCCGCUUUGCCUAUAAGUUUGUUGUCGUUUCAGCAUCUUCUAUAUCCACUUGAUGAGAGAUUGACUUUAUCUGGACUUGGAUAUGACUAUGGAAUUAAAGAAGAAGUUGCUCAGAGUUCUGCUUCAUUGCAUUACAAUGGAAAUAUGAAACCUUGGCUUGAAUUGGGUAUACCAGAUUAUAGGAAGUACUGGAAGAGGUUUCUUACACGAGAUGAGAGAUUCAUGGAUGAGUGCAAUGUAAGUCCAUAGUGCACUAGAGCUUGGGAGCCGGAUCAUUUUUGACAGUAGAUUUCAGUCUACUGCUGUACUAUAUACUAAGAGGACCAACACUUCCGUUAAGAAAAGACCUGGGAAGCAGUCACUAGCCAUCAAUUUUGACAGAGUAGAUCCAGCACCAUCUGUUCAUUGAACUUGUGAGCUCGAUGGAUGGUUUUUUCUGCAGUUAGAGGAGUUUAGUGUUAAGUUUGAAGGAUAAUGCAGUAGACAACGUUGGUGUGGUGGUGAGGCUCCAGGUAAGAGGGAGCAUCACUCUCACGUAACAGGAAUGAUCAUUGGUGGAUUGAGGCGCCUUAAUUGAAAUUGGUGCCUUCCACCUCAUCGAUGCAGGUUAAUUCUUUUCUUUGUUGAUUUUUUGACCCCUCUUGCUUUGUCCUUCUGCCAAUAAGGACAUACACAGGUUAAAAUUCAAAUUCGUUGCUCUUAGUUGUUGCACAUUGAUUGUUCUAUCAUUAUUAUGUUGAUGCAAAGUAUAUUAUGAUGUCAGAGACUCAUCUCUUACAAAAACGAGAUUAACAACUGUUCUAUUUGGA